CAUUUUGUGGUGAGUGAGAGAGAGCGAGAGCUCAGAGGAGGAGACAUACCUUCACUAGUGUUGUAAUACAGGACUGCCUGUUCAUAUUCAAUAACUUUUGUUUACGUCAGUAUAAUAUUUAUCAGAUACCAAGGAUCACGUAGAUCCGCCUUAACGGCUCAUUUUGUUCGUUUCCGGUUCGCUAUCGUCGGGUUUCUGUUGGAUCUUUGGUGUCUGGCUAGCGAGCACACAAGUAGCCGCAGCUAGCCGGAUAAAUCUCGUCUUUCUCGGCCCCAAGAGCCCACAACAUACAAAGCAUGGCAUUAAAACGAAUUCACAAGGAGCUGACUGAUUUGGGCAGGGACCCCCCAGCACAGUGCUCUGCAGGACCAGUGGGAGAUGAUUUGUUUCAUUGGCAAGCCACAAUUAUGGGACCUAACGACAGUCCAUAUCAGGGGGGCGUGUUUUUCCUGACUAUUCAUUUUCCUACAGACUAUCCUUUCAAACCACCUAAGGUUGCAUUCACCACAAGAAUUUAUCACCCAAAUAUUAACAGUAAUGGCAGCAUCUGUUUGGAUAUUCUAAGGUCGCAGUGGUCUCCUGCGUUAACUAUCUCUAAAGUUCUAUUGUCCAUCUGCUCACUGUUAUGUGAUCCAAACCCAGAUGAUCCAUUAGUGCCAGAGAUAGCACGUAUCUAUAAAACAGACAAUGAAAAGUACAACAGAAUAGCUCGGGAAUGGACUCAAAAGUACGCCAUGUGAUACCUGAAAAUCAGACCAAUCUGCAGUAUAGCUGGAAAAAAAUGAGACAACUUUUCCCCCUUCCCCUUAAUGAAUCGACGGUUACCGGUGUAUUCAGACCAUAUCAGUUCUGCUUAGUUAUUUUGCCCCCUUCGAUAUCCAUUCACAUGCUGUAAAAAGGACCACAACGUCGUAAAGAUCACCAGCUUUAUGUUCAGAAAAACGCUCGUGUCAAAGAAGCAUGUUUUAAUGACGAGCUCAGAUGUUUUUUUAUUGAGACAAAAGAAAAAAAACGUAAGAGAACAUUGGUCGCUUGUAACUCAUGCCACAGGCUAGAGGUGCUAUUCAAGAAAAUAAAACAACGGUUCUACAGGUGCCAGCGAACAUGGAAAUGUGUUGCCUGGUUGGCCUUCAUGUUUUUUAUAUGCUUUUACAAUAGCAAUGAGAACUAUGGUCUGUGAAAUAUAUUCUUGCUUAUAACUGACUGUUUCUUACCAAAUCAGUCACGUCAUUGUAUCAGCAGUUACGAAAAUAUAUAUUUUGCAUGUUAAUGAAACAACUAAAGUAAUUGGUCUGUGGUCUGCCAAAAAUGAAUAUCUGCAGACGAUGUAAAGCAAAUACACGUCCACUUUUAGAGUCUGAGAACUUAUUUUGUUACCCAUUUUCUCUCCCGUUUUUGAUGUUUUUAGAACUGAGAGCUAUUAGUUAUCUAUCCUCGUAAACACACUGUUCUCUCAUUGCACUGAAUAAAUGUGAUCGAAAGCUCUUGAUGGAUGACCGAUCAACUAAUAGCUCUUCUAGCUGUUGAUUUUUGUUUGCUCAAUAAAGUUGCUAAAGUAUC